AUGGACGCGGACAACCGGGUGAUCCUGAACGUCGGCGGAGUCCGGCACGAAACCCAUAAACACGUGCUGAAGAAAAUACCGGCCACCCGACUGUCGAAACUCACAGAGAACCUGGCCAACUAUGACCCGGUGCUGAAGGAGUACUUCUUCGACCGGCAUCCGGAAGUUUUCUCACAGGUGCUCAACUACUACCGUACAGGCAAGCAUUGUUCACAUCUUACGCCUUACGUUACCUGUAAUGACUCUUACCGUACUGUUUAA